AGACAUAUAUCUUCUUUGCCACAUAGCAAUUUUAAACAAUAGAGGCGGAAUAUUUUGAAACUCUGGCGUAUCGUGCAAUUUUCAACUCGUGAUAAAAAUUAAGAACACUUGUGCUAAUAUCUACUUACAGUCAUUAGUAUUAAUAUCUUAUAAUAAUAAGGGUUUAAUUCCAAACAAUGAAUAUUAAAUAACUUUGUUUUUAGUAUUUUACGUAAAUUAUUAUUUACACGCAGACAUACGAUUAGAAAAAACAAAUUUAAUUACUGAAAUCAAAUAAGAUUUUAUGCCGUUAACCAAUACUAAAAUUAUUUAUAUAAUCCCUGAAAUGCCAGUAGCGACCAUAUCUAUGAAUAGAUACCUCAUGGUCAAGUCUAUUUCCACACAUUGUCACAAGCAAACUUUGGAUGUGGAACCAUGGAAUUGGAACUACUUAACCAUUACGCGGAAGGAAACUGGAAAAAUGUUUUGGAAAUGCUCACUGGCAAGUAUAACACAAAAUUUUAUAAUCAACUGUAUCUCUGGAUACAGCCAACCGAAGAGGACAUUCAGUUCAUUGGACAGCAAGUACAUAAACAAGGAGCACUAGUACUGGCAAGUGUAGGUUGUGGAACUGGUUUGUUUGAAUGGCUCAUUCAGUGUAUAACAGGUCUAUGCGUAAUUGGUAUUGAACACGACAGAAAAUGGUGGGAAUCUCGAUAUGCUCCACCAAAAUUCUUACCACUUAUGUAUGCUAAUGAAAUCAGUGAUGGAACAUUUCCAUCAUAUUCUGCAAUCAUGUUUUGUUAUUUCAAUAAUAAAACAGCUUUUCGUGAAUACAUGAAACUAUUUAAAGGCAAUUGCCUUAUUAUAAUUGGCCCUGAAGAUGGAAGUGGCAGGCACACUGAUCCACUUCCCUUUGAUCCAGAGGUCCAAACUUUAGGGUGGAGACUUGUAUCUUCCCGUGAAAUUCAGAACUCAAAAGAUCAUAUAGUAGUAUAUGAACGCUGUUAAAAGAAAUGAUAUAGAGCAAAAAUUAUGUCAGAAAAGAAAUGAUUUUAUAUGAAAUAAGAUUUUAAAUGAAUAAUGUAAUAAACUGACCUAUACAUGCAAGUACUAGUGUUUAUCUGCUUUAGAAAUAAUGGAGGCAACAAAGAUUAUUUUUCAAGGAAUUUGCAAACUUUUUAUUGUUGAUCCUAAAUCUUCCUACGAAACAAAUAAUCAAUAGUAAACUCAUCUUGGAAGCUUCCUCAACAGGUCGGGUCUUACCUAUCAUCCAUGACAAAAAGAUU